AAAACAAAAGAAAAAAAGAGAUUUGAAAAAUAAUUAAUUAAAAAGAAAAAGAAAAGAUUUAUACUAACUUACGCCUUAAAAAGAAUAUUGUGCGUAUCUGAAGAACCAAGAUCUCUUUUCUCCUUCUCCAUCUCUCGUCGUCGUCGUCAUCAUCAUCAUCGUCCAGUGAACAAAGUUUCCAACUUUCUAUCACUUUCGGAUGCAAAGUUAGGUUUUUUAUCCAAUUCAUUUAAAAAUGAAGAAACCCAAAUCGUCAAAACCCGAAAAAAUCGACAAGCUCGAUCUCUUCUCAUCACUAUGGAAGCAGAGAUCUUUCCGUGUAAUAAUAGCAAUUGGGCUCCUCUAUCUCCUAAUGGUCACUGUCGAGAUACCCCUCGUGUUCAAAUCCUGGUCCUCCAGCAACUCCGUCUCCAUCGAUUCUCUCUCCAGACCCGAGAAGCUCGAAACAGAAGAGCAAGACCCGCCCCAAAUCGAGAUCAUCUCUAAUCCACCUCCUAAACCGGAUUCUAAACCGGCCCUUAACCGUGAACACCACAGAGGUCUCCUCUCGAGCCUUAGAUUCGACUCGGAAACUUUCGACCCGAGUAGCAAAGACGGGUCAGUGGAGCUUCACAAGUCAGCCAAGGAGGCGUGGCAGCUAGGGAGGAAGCUCUGGAAGGAGCUCGAGUCAGGGAGGCUUGAGAAGUCAGUGGAGAAGCCCGAGAAUAAGACAGAUUCUUGUCCAAACUCUGUUUCGUUAACCGGGUCUGAGUUCAUGAACCGGGAGAAUAAGCUGAUGGAGCUGCCGUGUGGUUUGACGUUGGGCUCGCAUAUCACUUUGGUUGGGAGGCCGAGGAAGAGUUAUCCUAAAGGAGGAGAUGGAGACGGGUCUAUGUUGGUUUCUCAGUUUGUGAUUGAGCUUCAGGGGUUGAAGACUGUUGAUGGAGAGGAUCCUCCUCGGAUCUUGCAUUUUAACCCGAGGCUUAAGGGGGAUUGGAGUAGAAGGCCGGUGAUUGAGCAGAACACUUGUUAUAGGAUGCAGUGGGGGUCUUCGCAACGGUGUGAAGGGUGGAGGUCAAGAGCUGAGGAAGAGACUGUUGAUAGUCAUGUGAAGUGUGAGAAGUGGAUCCGUGAUGAUGAUAACUAUUCAGAAGGUUCAAGAGCGAGAUGGUGGUUGAAUAGACUCAUAGGAAGGAGGAAAAGGGUUAAAGUUGAAUGGCCGUUUCCUUUUGUGGAAGAGAAGCUCUUUGUUCUCACUCUCAGCGCUGGUUUAGAAGGUUACCAUAUCAAUGUUGAUGGACAACACGUUACAUCUUUCCCUUAUCGCACCGGUUUCACGCUGGAGGAUGCAACAGGAUUGACUGUGAACGGAGACAUUGAUGUCCACUCUGUGGUUGUUGCCUCUCUGCCAACAUCACACCCCAGUUUUGCUCCCCAGAGGCAUCUCGAGUUGUCGAAAAGAUGGCAGGCUCCUUUAGUACCCGAUGGGCCUGUGGAGCUUUUUAUCGGUAUUCUUUCGGCGGGGAAUCAUUUCGGAGAACGGAUGGCUGUGAGGAAGUCGUGGAUGCAGCAUGUUCUCAUCACAUCUUCAAAAGUUGUUGCUCGUUUCUUUGUUGCACUCCAUGGGAGGAAAGAGGUGAAUGUGGAACUGAAGAAAGAAGCAGAGUACUUUGGGGACAUUGUACUUGUUCCUUACAUGGAUAGCUAUGAUCUUGUCGUCCUCAAAACUGUUGCCAUAUGUGAACACGGAGCUCUUGCAUACUCUGCAAAGUAUAUAAUGAAGUGUGACGAUGAUACAUUUGUGAAACUUGGCGCAGUGAUCAAUGAAGUGAAGAAAGUACCCGAAGGUAGAAGCUUGUACAUUGGUAACAUGAAUUAUUACCACAAACCUCUCCGUGGUGGUAAAUGGGCUGUCACAUACGAGGAAUGGCCAGAGGAAGACUAUCCACCCUAUGCAAAUGGACCUGGAUAUGUUCUGUCUUCUGACAUUGCACGCUUCAUCGUGGAAGAGUUUGAGAGACACAAACUACGGCUGUUCAAGAUGGAGGACGUGAGUGUAGGAAUGUGGGUGGAGCAUUUCAAAAACACAUCAAACCCAGUGGACUACAGACACAGUCUUAGAUUUUGCCAGUUCGGUUGUGUUGAGAACUACUACACAGCUCAUUACCAGUCGCCAAGACAGAUGAUAUGCUUAUGGGACAAGCUCUUAAGACAGAACAAGCCAGAGUGUUGUAACAUGAGAUGAUUAUUGAGGGACGUUCUCUGAGAUAUAAUAUGCAUUCAAGCGUGCUUUAGAAUGUAAAUUUUGCAAGCUCACCAUAGAGAGACUCUGGACUUCACUUUUAUUGGUCUGCAAGCUUCAAGCCUUCAGAAAAUGCAGAGAAGAGUAGGGGAGAAAAAAAUUAGUCUUACUGUUUAUUCACUUCAAUCAGUUAAUUUAUUUUCAUAUGUAUAAAACCAAUUUCUUCAUAUAAAUGGAAAUUUUUGUUCUCUC